AUGACUGAACCGUACCUAUAUGAAGAAGAUUUACUGGUUGAUGCCGCAUGCGGUUCUGGAAAUGUUGAGCCUAGCAAUAUCAUUCCGUGGGUGCCCCCUCCUAUAAGCGUGGACGCCACACAUUUAUUUACAACUGAUCAGGAUGUUUUAUUUCUAAAGCAAUAUGUUAUCAUUGAACAUAUAUUUGAUACUCGUGAUGAGCUUGAACAAUGGGCUAAGAAUGUUGGAAAGGCGAAUGGUUAUGUGCUGGUGAUCGCAAGGUCUGACUAUGCUAUAAGUGGAGGAAAGGUAUUUGUUACUAUUAAGUGUGUGAAGCAUGGUAUUUACAGGCCAUACAAGGACCCGAAUACAUUCAAGUACAAAAAGACCGCAUCACAAAAAGCCGAUUGUAAGUUUAAUCUCAAAGGACGACCUGCGAAGGGUGAUAGAAUGUGGCGGCUGAAAGUGAUGGAUGGUAAACACAACCAUGAACCAGCUAAAUCACUAGUUGGCCACCCCUACGUUGGUCGACUAACAGAGGAAGAGAAGGGGCUUGUGGGCACCAUGACUAGUACUUGGACUCCACCGAGACAAAUACUAGCGGCAUUGAAGGAAAACAAUCCAGGUAACUUGACUACAAUCACUCAAGUUUACAGUUGCAACAAAAGGUUUAAAAAAUAG